CCGAGUUUCGUGAGCCGCAGCGCGAGGUUCGCCGGCGCGAGGCGCGCGGCGGCCUGAGACGAGACUGAACUUCGGGCCUUGAAUGCUGCCGCGUGUCACAGAGCGUGGUGGUUUCGCAGGAGUUUGAUUUCAGGCAGGCGAGUUUGUUCGACUGCAAGACAAAUUUUAACCAGGGAAGUCUUGUGAUGGAGCAAGGGGCGGGCAGGUUUCGGGUUAGUUACAGAGCACGGAAUCCCGGAAAGGGUAGCUAGUCGGGUUUUCAGAAGAGGGUUGGGGCGAGUGUGUGAGGAGGAACUGGUUUAUCUUUUAUAUAUAAAUAUAUAAAUAGCAGUAAGGGAGGUUUAUUUAGCACUUACUGCCGUGCCGAGUGCGUUUUACAAACACUACUAUCUCAUUUAAUCUUCACAAUGUGAAGAGGAAGGCAGUAUUUUUAUGACCAUUUUACAGGCGCAAAACGGAGGUAUGGAGACUUGCCCCGACCUUGUACCGACACCCGACGCCACCCCUGUAGCGGGUUCGAGGAGCCCCGCUUCCUUUUAUGCCACUUGCGGUACCCCACCCACCCCAAGACUAGGGGGGCCGCGAGCGCGUUUGUUGGGGUUGUGCUUGUGGUGGGAGGUUGUGUCCAAGACAUAAAGGACUUCUUUUUCUUUGUAAGGAGUCCUUUUCUAAUCUGCUGAGCAGUUAACUACCCCAGUGUUAACUAACCCUCCCCAUAUUAAAAAAAAAAAAAUUCCAGUUACUGUUUUCCUAAAAGGAAAUGCACAGAUCCCAUGAUCAGUUUCAUUCCCUUACGGGUAUGUAACCACUCAAAGAUGUGGAACACAUGUGAUAUCCUAGCCCAUACCUUUUUCAAAAGAAAUGAUAAAUUGACACAUUAGAUGCUUAGUGGUUCUAAAAUUUAGGCAUUUUUAAAGAUAAUUAUUUAUUUUUAAUUGGAAGAUAACUGCUUUAUAAUAUUAUGUUGGUUUCUGCCAUGCAUUAACAUGAAUGCCCCAUAGGUACAUACGUGCCCCCUCCCUCUUGAAUGCCCCUCCUACCCCGUCCCACCCGUCUAGGUUAUAGGGCAUGCAUUUUUAACAUCCUUUUUGGCAGGUGUUUCUGGAGAAAGGACUUACUUUGUAUGCAGUAUUUAUAUUACAAAUCGGGAGUUUAAUAUUUCAGAUUUCUUGAAAACACACCUGGAUUAUGUGUGGCAGAUUCUUCCCUUGUUUCUUCAAGAUGUAAUUUUAAUAGCAAAAUGUUUCAAAAACCUUCAUUGAAACAACCAUGUGAAUUAUCCCCUUUGCAAUGGGACAAGUCCUUUAAAGACUGCUUGGAGUAAUCAUCAAAAUUCCCUGUAUCAAGUAUUUUCAACUCAACAAUAUUUGUCUGUUAUUAGUAGCUCUUCCAGCAAGAAGCUGGCUUCCCAUUUUAAAACCUCUCUACUGGAAAGUCAGCAAACCUUUGAGAAGAGAGUGGAACUAUUUUCGUGGGUUCCACUUUCUUAUUCCUCUUUUUUCUUUCCCCCGUUAAUUAGAAUUUUCCUUGUGCCUUCCAUCUCAAUUUCAUUUAGUUCCUUGCCAGGGUCUUCAUUUGGUAGAUGAAGAAAUGGGGCCCAACAAAUAAUUUAAAAGGUAAGUGACUUGAGUCGAGUCAUAGAAGGAGACGUUAGACACUAGCAGAAGAGCAGAACAGUGUAGGUGAUGAACUUGGUUUAGAGGCAUUUAAGUUGAGGUCAUUGUGGGAUAUCCCCAUAAAGAAAUCCACAAAUAGUUAGAUGUAUGGCUUGAGCUAGGAAGAAAGAGGCUGGAGAUUCAAAACUGAGUCUUUGUGAAUAUCAGUGUAACUUGAAGUUUUAAGUUCCCAAGAAAGAAGACCAAUGAUUUUUACAUUCUGUUCAGUUUUAUUUACAAUAAUUGAUCAACUACCUCUAACAUGUAUUGUUGUUGAUGUGUGGGAACGUGUGUAAAAAUGAAUAGGAUAGCUUUAUAGAGGCUUGUAACUAAAAAGGAGAUGUACAUGAUAUUUUAGAGCAUAUUCAGGUGAAUCCUAUAGAAGUAUAGUGAAAGUGAUGAGAUUGCAAGAAGGAAGCAGAGAAAUUCGGAUGAUCUGAGAAAGCUUAACAGUAGUGGAUGUAAGCUGAUUCUUAAAGGAUUGAUAUAACUUUUAUCAGGUAGCUGGAGGAAGAAGGGCUUUCUGGACAGUAAAUAACCUUGAGCAAAGGCUUGGAAAUAAGAACUGUAAUGUUUAUUUUGGUAAUAGAAACUAGCGAUCAUAUGUUCUUGGAGCAUAGGCUUUGAGAAGGUAUAAAGUUUGAAAAAUUAGGUAGGUAGGGCUCCAAUAAUAAUACAUUGUAAAUUCUUUAUUAGAGUAUUUCAAAUUCAAGAAUCUCUCCCUUUCAAACAUGAAUUGUCCACUUAGAUAUGCUGUGAGGCAAAUUGUAUUUUUAAAAAAUUAAUUGAUAAUAUAGUAAAAGCUUGUAAACUCAUCAGUCUGUAAAAGGAGCCAUGUAAUUCCUUCCCCCAAGGUGGUAGUUAAAAAAAAAAAAGGAUGUACUAUGGUCACAAUGAUAUAGACUCUUAUCACUGGAUUAGAAUAUCGCACUUAUGACUAACAGGUGAUUUCAGUUUCAUUUUGGUUUGGAUCUUAAAGGUUUACACACUCCUUAAUAAUGCUUAUUUUCCAUGAGGAAGAAAAAAAAAAUUCCCAGGAUGAAGGUUUUUCCAGAAGGAACUUUGAAUUAAAGAAGGCUUUUUAUAUAUGACAAGUGUUGUCAUCUGUAAUGAAGAUCACUGUGAAACAAGAUUGAAUAAAGCCUAGUAACAACUGGACUAGAGAUUUAGAAAAGAAAGUUAAAAUUAGUCACUUUGGUUUUAGUUUAUUUAUUUAGUUUAUUUUUUUAAAUAUUUAGGGAGUGGAAAUUACAAUUCAGUGCUACACCACAGAAUGCACUAAUAUUUGUUUUUUUCUUUUUGUAUGAGAGGAGGAGGUAAAUAACCAAGAGAUAUAGUAACUCAUAAUGAAAUAUACUAAGUUGAAUUUUAUGAUGUCAGUCCUUGGCAUUAUGAUCUAUGUAACUGAUUUAAUUGUGGACAUCUGGGUGUCUGUCAGAUUUUUUCAUGAAAGACAGUAUGUUUUUGGUGUUUUAACAGUAAGCUUUAUGCUCUUUGGAACACUUGUGGUCCAGUGUUUUAGUUAUUCUUGGUUCAAGGCUGAUUUAAAGGAAGCAGGCCAAGAAAGUCAUCAUUGUUUUCUUCUGCUUCAUUGCUUGCAAGGAGGAGUUUUUACAAGGUAUUGGUUUGCCUUGAAACAAGGUUAUCAAGUGGCUUUCAAGUAUGGCAGCAAAACUGAAAACUUCGUGGAAAAACAGAUUAAUGACAGGGUGACAGAUUUGAGCAUGCUAAGGCUGUUUGAGACCUACCUGGAAGGUUGCCCACAACUUGCUCUUCAGCUCUACAUCUUUCUGGAACAUGGUCAAGCAAAUUUCACUCAGUAUGCAGCCAUCGUGGUCUCUUGCUGUGCUGUUUCUUGGUCGACUGUUGAUUAUCAAGUAGCUUUAAGAAAAUCCUUACCUGAUAAAAAUCUCUUUAAUGGACCCUGUCCCAAGCUUGUAUAUCUCUUUUACAAGUUGUUUACAUUAUUAUCUUGGAUGUUGAGUGUUGUGCUUCUUUUAUUCUUAAAUGUUAAGAUUGCUUUCCUUCUGUUGUCAUUUCUUUGGCUUUUAGGUAUAUUUUGGGCAUUUAAAGAACAAACUGAUUUUUGUGUUUCCACAAGUAUGGAAAUCCUAUACAGGAUUGUUGUUGGAUUCAUUCUUAUCUUUACAUUUUUUAAUAUUAAGGGACAAAAUACCAAAUGCCCAAUGUCUUGUUAUUAUAUUGUAAGGGUAUUGGUCACACUGGGGAUAUUGAUUGUGUUCUGGUUUGACCCACUCUCUAUUUUUAAUGCAGACUAUUUUAUACCUGUCAGCAUUACUAUAGUUCUUUCUCUUCUCCUUGGAAUUAUUUUUCUUCUUGUUUAUUAUGGGACUUUGCACCCAAACACAAGUAAGGAGACUAAACUGGAUGAAGUUGAUGGAAGAAAACCAGCUCAAAGAGAUUGUAGAAUGAAGUAUUUCCUCAUGGAAUAAGCUAUUCACUUAAGAGAUAUGUUUCCUUAUUUUUUAUUUCAUUGGUUAGUAAAGAAAAAGUUUGUGUA